AUGCCUUCUUCAGUUCUCAUAAUUGUCCUCUUUCUCCUCUCAAUAUCAUUGUCCUCAGCUCAAACCUACAACAUUCUAUCAUACGGAGCUAAACCGGACGGUAAAACCGACUCCACCAAGGCCUUAACCGCCGUGUGGGCCAAAGCCUGCGCCUCAGUUAAACCGGUCACCAUUUCCAUCCCUAAGGGACGGUUUUUACUAGGAAGCAUUGUUUUUGAUGGAGCCAAGUGUAAACGCAAGUCAGUCACGUUCCGUAUUCAAGGUACACUUGUGGCUCCUUCGGAUUAUAGAGUCAUUGGCAGACAAAGCCAUUGGAUUUUCUUUCAGCAUUUUGAUGGUCUCUCCGUCUACGGCGGAGUUCUUGACGCUCAGGGAGCUUCUCUAUGGUCUUGCAAAAAGUCUGGCAAGAAUUGCCCAAGUGGUGCAACGAGCAUAGGGUUUCAAAGCUCAAGCAACGUGGUGAUCUCAGGGCUAACGUCACUCAACAGUCAGAUGUUUCACGUAGUAAUUAACGGUUGCCGUAACGUAAAUAUCCAAGGAGUCAAAAUUUCAGCUGACGGAAACAGUCCAAACACUGACGGCAUCCACGUCCAGUCAUCCUCCACCGUCUCCAUUCUCAACUCAAAAAUCUCUACCGGCGAUGAUUGUGUAUCCAUCGGUCCCGGAACUAACGGCCUCUGGAUCGAAAACGUUGCUUGUGGCCCUGGUCAUGGUAUCAGCAUUGGGAGCUUGGGAAAAGAGAGUGUGGAGGCAGGUGUACAGAACGUAACAGUAAAAACGGCAACGUUCACAGGAACAGAGAAUGGGGUGAGAAUAAAGUCAUGGGCCAGGCCCAGUAAUGGAUUCGCUAAGAACAUUCGUUUCCAGCAUUGCGUUAUGAACAACGUACAGAACCCAAUAGUCAUCGACCAAAACUAUUGUCCUGGCAACGAAAAUUGUCCUAACCAGGUUUCUGGGAUAAAAAUCAGCGAUGUGAUGUUCUUGGACAUACACGGGACAUCGGCGACGCAAGUUGGAGUGAAAUUUGACUGUAGCUCUAAGAAACCGUGUACCGGGAUCAGACUUCAAGACGUGAAGCUAACGUACCGGAAUAAACCGGCAAUGGCAGAUUGUAGCCAUGCAGGUGGGACUGAGGCUGGGACCGCUGGGUUUCAACAGCCCAACAGUUGUCUAUGACCAGACAAAUGAAUAUAUAUAUCUCUGUCUUGUGUCAUUGUGUGUUGUCUUUAGUCGUGAAUUGUAAGUAACGUUUUCGAUUCUAUAUAUAGUAUUACGACCCUGUUGGUGGUGGUUUGGAAUUGGC